CCACCCAGGAGGCGGCGGCGCUGCGGGGAGGAGCCGCCCGCCCCCUUCGGCCGGGCCCGGCGAGGAAUCAUGGCCCAGGGCCGCGGGAGGACGCGGCCAGUGAGCGAGCUGUGGGGGGUGCUGCUGCCGGCGAAGGGCAGGGAGGAGGAGGUAGAGGAGGAGCAGGACGACCCGGACCCGGACCCGGACCCGGACCCCGACUCGCUCUUCUUGGACGCCUCCGAGCUGUGCAGCAGCGGGCGGGUGCUACGGGGUUCCCUGCCUGCGCGCGGAACGGUUAUAAUACAGGAUGAAAGAUCCCAAAAGACGUAUGAAGUGGUUGGAUGUUUUCCAUUGGUUGGCCCUUGGUGGAAAGUUAAUGUUAAAGUUAAAUUGGUGGAAUCAAAGUACUUUGUGCAAGGCUAUCCGUCAUACUUCCUACGAACCGAUAUAAGGGAAAACCAAAAUGCAGUUUUUUCACUCUUUUUUAAAGAGUGUUGUGUUCCUGACAAUUUCACAGAGGAGUUUUUUAAGUGUUUUCCUGAGAGAUCUGACCUGAACUUCAGAAACCUUGAAGAAAAACUUAAUCAGUUUCAAGAGUCAAAAUUAAAUCUUCAGCAAGGGAACAAAUUCAUUGAGACGAAAAAUUUUGAUAUUUUUUAUUAUAUUAUGCAAUCAUUUACAGGAAAGACUAUUUUGGUAGCUUUGAGUUUCCCAGUGAUAAUGGAGUUCCUGCCAAGACUUCUCCCACGUCAUUUUUGCCGUAUUAUAAAUGCGGUGAGCUGGCAUAAAGUGACCAAACAGAACAGCAAAAGUGAUGAAAAAGUUUCUCCUGAAGAUGAGAUAUUACCAAAAUUAGAUGAGAUGUUAAAAAAGGAGCCAUGGAAACUUGGAUUCCGCAGGAUAACCUACAGAGAACUGAAUCUCUCCACUUGUGAAGCAACUUGGGCAGCCUUCUGUCAGUGUGAGCAUCUCCUCUGGAAGAUUCCUGAAUUGCAGAAGAAUGCAUUAAUAAUAUACAAUAAGCUCAAGCAAAGAUGUAGAGAAACAGGGCAUACCUAUGAAGAACAAGACAUUUUGACCUCUUUAGUUUCUAAAGAUAUGCCCAUUGAACAUGCCUGGCAAUCCUUGAAAUUUAUGAAAGAUGAGAAGAUAAUGAUUGUUGAGAAGAAACUGGUAUUUCUUUCUCAUCUUUACAAAUCUGAAAAAGACAUUGCACUUUCUGUAAAUCAUCUAAUGAAAAAUGACCCAUGGCAGUUACAUGUUGAUGUGAGAGAAGUACUUAAUGUUAGAGAUACCAGCAAAUCAAAAGUAAAUGGAGAUAUUAAAAUAAAUAAUAACCAGCCUCCUGAAACAGAGCAAGUGGAGGGCAGUAAUGCCCUGGAUAUACAAAACAAUGACAGUGAUUUUCUUUAUAAUGAACAGGUACAAGACAUAGAAACUACAGGUGAAACAGAAGUGGACCCAGAUCAGAUGAAAGCCGUGAAAAUGAUUUGUUCUAAUCCAGUGACAAUCAUAAGUGGAAAAGGGGGUUGUGGGAAGACUACUGUAGUUAGCUGCCUUUUUCAGUAUUUAAAGCAGGUGGAAAAAGAAGUGCUGAGUGCUUGUAAUGAUUUUGAAAAGGACCUGGAUGCAUCUGCUGAAUGGAAUACCUUUACUCAUUUUUGUCAGGAGAACGUUUGCACAAAAAACCUUUUAAAUGUUUUACUUACUGCACCUACUGGAAGAGCAGCUAGCUUGCUGAAUGAGAAAACGGAGCUUCCCGCUUACACUCUCCAUCAGGUCAUGUACAGUUUUUAUUCAUGGAUGUUAAGAGACGGACAAAAGCCAUGGAAGUUUUCUACUGUGACAGUUCUGGUUGUGGAUGAAGGGAGCUUAGUAUCUGUACAAAUGCUUAGUUCAGUUUUAAAAUUGCUGUGUGACCACGCUCAACUUUCCAAGCUUAUUAUACUUGGUGAUAUCAGACAGUUACCCAGCAUUGACCCUGGCAACAUGCUUGCUGAUAUUUUUGAGGGUCUAAAAUCUAGAGGCUGGUCUGUGGAACUGAGAACUAAUCACAGAGCUGAGUCUCAGCUAAUUGUAGACAAUGCCACAAGAAUCUCUCAGCGAAAAUUCCCAGAGUUUGACUCAGUGCUCAAAGUCUGUGACUGGAGUGAAAAGUUAACAAUGCCAAGUCCCGAGAAGAAAUUUAUUUAUGUUGUUUUGCCUUCUGGAGAUGGUGCUCACUAUUUGCCAACUGCCAUAAAAACUUUACUUGAAAAAGGACCUGGACUGCAAGAUGCCACACAAUCACAGUUCAUCGCUUUCAGAAGGCAAGACUGUGAUCUAAUAAAUGAACUCUGUUGUCAGCACUAUUCAAAACAUUUAACCAGAAACCAUAAAAAUCGACUGGUGUUCCAAUGUGAUGAUAAAAUUUGUUCCACGAGGAAUGCCUAUCUCAAGGACCUUCUUCCAAAAAAUAACACAGCUUGCACAAGGGAAAGUGACUCUCAGAAUCCUAAUCAAUGUGAAUGCAGAGGGUGUUGUAGAAGAAAAGCCUUCAUGAGUGGACAAAAGCCACCUAGUGAUCUUGGGGGCAGUGCUGAGGAUGACAGACGGUUGUGCAAUGGAGAAAUAUUUUUCAUAACAGAUGAUGUAGAAGUCAAUAGGUGUCGUUUAUUGACCAUCAGCAGCACAUAUGGCUCCAGAUUCACUGUGGUGUAUGAGGCACUGAGGAGAGAGUGUCAAAUAAGGCAUGCAUGGGCCAGAACUAUUCACACAUUUCAGGGUUCAGAGGAAAAAACAAUUGUCUAUGUAGUCGGGAAUGCAGGCCCACAGCACUGGCAGCAUGUAUACACAGCUGUAACUCGAGGAUGUUGCCGGGUUUAUAUUGUGGCUGAAGAGACUCAACUCAGGAAAGCAGUUACUACGAAGAGCUUUCCCAGAAAAACUCGCUUACAACAACGUUUAAAAGAGACCUUUUCAGAAAUGAGUGACUCUCCAGAACAAAUAUCAUCUCACCUAAAGGAUUGUUGGCAAAGUCAAGGGCAUGAUACUCAGCCUGGUCCUAUUUCAGUAACUGAGGAUAUUGCCCUCUCUUCUGUACCUGUUGAAGAUGACUUCAUUAAAGCAGAAGAGUCUGCAGUUCUUAAUGAUAUACAAACUAAUAAUGGACAGUGCAGUACUGCUGAACUGGCCAGUGCAGGUAGUGAGACUCCCGUUAAAUCAAAUGGAUGUAAAAGACCAGGCAGUUUCACAGAUAGUUGUGAAAGUCCUUCAAAAGUUACUAUGGUAAAUAACGAAGACUCACCUCUUGGGUCAACUCGCCUUCAGAAUCUGACUUUGAGGAGCCCAACUGCCAAGCAGCUUUUUGGACCUUAACAAUGAAGUACAUUAAUUAAUAUGACACUUAAAUAUGUUACACAACACCAAAUAAGGUCUUGGAACAGAGAAAUAGUGUCUGUGGGAUCGGUCUUAAUUUUUUAAAUAUGUUGCAAGUUUUUUUAGGAGCAUUAUUUUUAAUAUGGACUUUUUAUAUUCAGAAUUUUGCUUGUAUUUAGCAGAAGAUAUGGCCAACUUUUUCUUGAAGGCUAAGAUGUCUGUAUAUUAGCUUUUAUUUGUUUAGCUACAUUAAACUUUGAAUAGAUGCUUUGAGGUCCUAAAGAUCUGUUGUUCAGAAGAAGGGAAUUUCUUGGCUCAUAGUAUUUAAGCCUAUAUAAAUUGUUGAUGCAACACAAAGCAUUAUGGUUUGAUAAUGGCAAUCAGCUCAUACCCAUGUAUUUUGACUAAAGACUUACAAUGCAGAUUUUUCUUCUGUACCCAUAUCCUCUAGGUAACUUCAUGGAAGUUUGGGCAUGACAAAUAAGUACUAACUCGUCUAUUGCUACCAUGCAGGAUAAUGAAGUUGAGUCAAAUCUUGCUCUGAACAGAUUGUAAUGAAAAAUAGAGCUCUAAAAGUGUGGUUAAGUGCCAAAUGUGAAUUCCUUUUAAUAUCCUCGCUAAUUACUUGGCUUGAUACACUGGAAGUUUUCAGAUAGGGAAAAUGUGCAAAUUUAAACUUGUAAUUAAUAUAUACUGAAAUUUGGAUGGGUAAUAUUUGUCUAGCACAGUGGGGUCCUGGAAUAAUACUUCACAUAUUUCAUCAUGGAUUAUUUAUAAUCCCAAUAUUUUCCUAAAGAGGCUUGCAUUUCUUGUCCUACCUACACUUGUGGUAGAAAUACUUAAAAAUUAAAAUAAGGUCGUGAAAUGUGAGAUCUCUGCAAUAGUUUGUAAAUAUGCUAUUUUUCCUGCUGUCCAAUACAUGUAAAUACCAUCUCGUUGUUAAGAAUAUUGUCUUUAAAUCACUGUUUAUUCCAUUUUAUACAGUUUUUUCCAUACAAAUAUUUGCAAGUUUGAGUUCCCAAAAUCCAUACAUAGACGAUAAAUAUCAUGCUAUUAAAGUAUUAAAUUUGUACAAAAAUACUUUACAGUUUAAUACUUAUUUAUUACAAAUAAAAAUACAUAUUUAAGUGACUCAUGAACUUUCUGUUUUUACAUGAUUUUGGGUUAAAUUUCAUAUUGACUGAUCUUUUGGCAGUGCUGAAACAUGAAUGAAACAUUACGCUUGUGUGUGCAGGGCAGGUGAGCUUGUUCAUAUAAAGGAAAACAGCAUGGGGGAUAGUCUUCCUAAACAAUUUAUAUUGACCCAAAACAAAUCUGGUUGUAAGAUAAUUGAUUAGAUAUGAAGACUCUACAAUUAAUACAAAUUCAGUAUCUUUAUAUUCACCAGAUAACAAUAAUUACCAAUGACAACUUGAAUACUGGAACAAAUCAAAGCAGCUGCUGGUGAGCAUUAAAAGCAACUGGCAGUAUUUUAUUGCUUCAAGGGGGGUGGGUAGGAAAGAAUGUGUCAUAUUUGUAAAAUGUAUGUACAAUUCAAAUUUCUAAAAACUUGUAAGGGUAAAUAUGAGAAGGCUGAAAACAAAGCCUUUUUAAACGGACUUCAUAAAUCUAUUAGUAACCCUCAAGAAACUGUUUUAUUAGUAAAUAAAAAUUUAGAUUUGUAUGUCCUUGUAAAAUUCAUUCAAAUGAGAAUGAUUCAUACAUCAGUCCUCCAUUGCUAGUAGUAGUUGAUAUAAUAUAAAAAUUUCCACUUAACUGUUU